GCACUUUCUCGGCUGGUCCUGUAGGAACACUCUCCUCCUCCUCCUCCUCCUCCUCCUCGUCCUCCUCGUCCUCCUCCUCCCCGCGCCGCUGCAGCCCGCGCGCUUGACACUAGCGGCAUCACAAGCACGCAGCAGCAGCGCCUCUCCUAGACUCGCAACUUACAUCUUUCUCUCUCUCCGCACUGAAUGAGAACAAGGAGGCUGCCCGGAACACUGCGACAAAGCGCUUUUUGGUUGGAAUAGUGACUUGGAGCAGCGAUCGCACGAGGUCUGCCCCUGUAACGUGACCGAAGGAGGAGUGCACAGAACUGCUUCAUCAUGAACUAUGUAAUGAAAGCUGCGCUGGGAGGUGGCCCUCCUGAUGUGGGGAAGAUGCUGGGAGGAGAGGAGAAGGAGGAGGACCCCGACGCAGCCAAGAAAGAAGAGGAGCGACAGGAGGCACUGAGGCAGCAGGAGGAGGAGAGGAAGGCCAAAUACGCCAAGAUGGAGGCGGAGAGAGAGUCCAUGAGGCAAGGCAUCAGAGAUAAGUACGGAUUGAAAAAGCGCGAGGAAGCCGAGGCGGAGGCGGCUGCAGCUGCAGAAGAGCCGGCCGCUGGGAGCUUGACUCGACCCAAACAGGCGGUUCCCAAAGGCUGCGGAGACGAAGAGGAGGAGGAGAGCAUCAUGGACACCGUAGUGAAGUACCUGCCAGGGCCCCUGCAAGAAAAAGUGACUGGGUGGCUCAAAUGAGUGUUAUAUUUGUACAUGACAGAUGACAUCAUGUUUGAAUCUGUCUACACUACUUUUGACACCUAUCUCCCCUUUCGGUUAAACAAACUAAAUACAACAUUACAACUACUGAAAAUCCCAAUUCAAUUUAUUACAUUUUGUCACAUUGAGAAAACUGUUAUGAGCAGGCCUAUAUCAUUUGAAAUAUGUUUUAUUUUUAUCCCAUAUUUUGUUCAACUUUUUUUUUGUCUAACCGAGAGGGAUAGAGAUAUUCAUGUAGUUAAGGACUGUAUAACCAAUCAGAGAUCAACAAAGGGCCAUAUGAGACAGAUUUGAGCCAGUAGUUCAAAUAAUACCUUUAGAUUAGGCUAGAUAGGCUAACUCAGGAGCCAGGUAGAUGUUAGCUGAACGCUAACAGCAAGCAGGGGGACUAAAUGUUGUAGCCUGAGAUAUUUAAACUCCUUUACCCUCUUGAUUGCUGCACAGCUCUAAAAAUGCAUAAAAAUAUAAAUUAUGCUGCUCACUUGGUUUGUACAUAAAUAUAGCUAAUAUGCCUCAAGCAGGGCAAACAAUCAUUUACUAUUAUACUACAUGUGUGUCUAAAAUAAUAAAAGAUAACGUGAUAACUCGAUAAGCCAUAUUUUAAAAGUUACCGUAAUCUUGUGUUUUGUCAUGAUGUUAUUGAGGUUUUGCACAUGCAGCACUCCUUUGUUUGUUGUACUGUAUAUAGUGUUGUCUAUCUCCCCAGCACACUGUCUGAAGCCUCAUGUCAGUGCUGUGUAGUAGUGUGUAGCAGUACUUUUUACUCCACCUUCAGUGUCUUGCAUGCCAUAUGUCUUGACAUGUCUGUUGUGUGAGUAUGUAAAGUCACCCUCCCCUGAUAUGUUUUGUAUCAUGCAAAAUAUAAGGCAAUAAUGCUUUGAGUUUGAGUGUGUUUCCAGUUUGAUGUAUGUAUAAGAACAAGGUUUAAAUAUGUAUGCGUAUUGUAUUUAUAGAUUUGCUGGGUUUUGUUUUGUUGAUUCAAUAGAAAUGAAUUAGGCCACUGUGCUGUAGUUCGCACAACAGUACAUAGCCAACAGAUUUCAGCCAUAAAGCCAGAACUCUCAGUGUCACACUUUACUAAAUAUUACUGGAAGAUCAAGUCACUUAUGAUCAUUUUAUUUAUAACCUACUAUGUUACAUGUAAUGUUAAAACUGGUCUCUUUGUCGCACACAAUAAUUCAAAGAUCAUGAACGUUGAUUGAAGAAAAGUCAUGAUAUGAAAUAAAAUGCCAUGAGCAAUAAAAGUUUGGUUAUCUCUUAUGAUUUUGCCUGAGAAUAAAUAAAAGAAAAUCUUGAUCACAAAA